GGGAUGCGCUUUUGCUUGUUCUUCAUCGUUGUCGUCGUCGUCGUCGUCGUCGUUCGCUCGCAAAGUCGCAAGUCGCAGGGACGGAAAAAGUGAAUCUAGGAAGGGCUAAGAACUUUCCCACCGCCGGAAAAUUCCGACGUUUGUGUGCGGGAAAACAGUGCGCGGUACGGUACAUUUCCGGUGCGUGUGUCUGUGCGAUCGCUGGUUCCGUUCGUUCGACAGCGCGUUUCGCGGCGAUCGGCUGCCCGUCUCCGGUUUAGGUUUGCUUGCGAGAGCCGCAAGGCGCACAAAAAGAUUAGCUUUUAUUUUGUACUGAAUGUGCGGUAAAUAUCUUCGCGGACAAUGACCACAUACGCUACAGAUAGCCAAGGGAAGUUCAUCCCGUCGACGCAGCGUCCGGAUGGGACCUGGCGCAAGCCCAGACGGGUACGCGACGGCUACGUUCCCCAGGAGGAAGUUCCCUUGUACGAGAGCAAAGGAAAAUUGUUCGCCCAGAAGCCUCUGCUGCCUCCGGGGAUGUCGCCGGAGAUGGCUCAGAAGGCCAAGGAGAAACGGGAGCGGGAGCAACGGAUCAAGCAGCAACGAGAAGCGGAAGCCAAUAGGAGACCACCCCAGAACCCGGUACCGGGAUUGCUCAUCCUGAACGGGGACAGUAAGAUCAACCAGCCGCAGCAACGGACGACCAACAAGCCAGCCAAGCCGAAGAAGAAAGCUGUCGAACUGCCGGACGUUUUGCUGGAGCAGAAGCAAAAGGAAGAGCAGAAACAAAAGCAGCAAAAAUCACAAAAGGAUAACAAAAAUGCUAAGCCCCAACAGCAGGACCGCAUCGAAGAGGUGGCCAAGGCUAUGAAUGGACUGCAGCUAACCAAUAACCACGUGGCCGCCACCGACGGCCUACAGACUGAUCUCAGCAAAAAGCUACGCAAACUGCGCAAGAAGAUCCGCGAAAUCGAAAUCAUCGAGGAACGGUUACGAUCGACCGACGGGGGCCCCCGGCCGGACAAGGACCAAAUCGACAAGGCCAAACGGAAGCCGGAGAUACUGAAGGAAAUCGAAGAACUGGAACGGGGCAUUGCGAAAUGAUGAUCUACUCCGAUGGGCACGCGGGAGUAGCUUAUUCGUCGUUGUCGUCCUCGUCGCCGUCUUCUUCGUUGUCGUUCUAGGUAGUCCGGAAGAUCCGCUCUGUCGAAUCUUCACCAUUUUCGAUGGUGUACAAAACGCAAAACCGAUGCAAACAAAUCUAAACCACAGUCCAGCUUUGCGAGUGGUGGUAGUAGAAAGAGCGCUAGGGAACCGCAAUCUUUAGAAUCAAUAGUGUGAGAUAGUUUUAAGUCUUUUAUUUAGCUUUUUAUGUUUUUUCUCUGCCCCCCGAUUUGGAUUAAUUAGGAUCGCAUGUUGUUGUGUACGCUAGCUGAUUAUUUUAGACUAAGUUUUCGGUCGCUCAACUUCGAUGUUCCUUUUACCGCGUUGGUAAGAUUAGUGUUCUCCUCUUGUAUUUUUCGCAGACGACUAUUUCCUGCUAUAUUUUCGCCAGAAUUGUAUAAGAUUUUCUACAAAAAAAUAUUUAUUUACAGUUAUCUUGAAAAACAGUUUAGCAAUCAAAUGGUUUAUCAAAAGUGUUCUAUUAUGUAAAUUCUUUAAUUUUACUCAACGUGCUGAAAUAAAUUUUAACGCAAUUAUGUAACGUAUGAGUAAUUCUCGCUGGAAGCGGGAUUUCAUUUACAUACAGUUAUCAUUUUGUUUUUAUUUUUAGCUUAACCAGUUUGAAACUAAUUAUUUAGGUUGAUUUUCUUGAAUGUAAGUUGUUUUAACCAUAUUUUAUAUUUGGUUUAACGAUAUGCAGGGUUAUAUCACAAACAAAAAAGAAGAUUGACUUACUCAGCUUCAAAUGCCUAAACUUACAUGAAGUAGAUAUUCUACUUCUCCAACAGAAUCAUCUACGAGAAUUAACAUCCUUGUUUUCGCGAGAGUUACCCAUACAUUAUAACAAACUUUUUAACAACAAAUAACACGAAACAUUUUCGGCGGCAAUGAAUGGCUUACAUGACGAGUGUGGCCGUGUGUGAUUCACGGCGUCAAUUACUGAUAAUAAUUACCGUAGGUGGGACUCUUCUAGUUGUCCGCGCGUGUGUAGCAGACUCGUAGCAGCACCUGAUCGAACACCGUCGUCGUCGUCUCCGUCAGAGCAAAAUCUGACAAAUUUCCAGUCAUUUCGGUACUAAACAAAGUGUAGUCCCGCCUCUUUUUUAGGGUGAGGAAACUCCAAAACACUUGGAAACUAUUAAACCAUUUCCAUAGUAGAAUCUGUAUAGAAUGUGAGAAUAAAACAAACAGAUAUUUCCAGAAUAGCAGAACUGUAGUGUCAGAAAUGUCCGGGUUGGAAAUGGAACGUGGUCACUUUUUACUGAAGCAAACUCGGUACGAGCGAAUAGUAAGAAAUACAAGAAACAGCUGUUCAGUAACGAUUCUGAAGUGACUGCAGCCGCGUGUUAGUCAGUAGCCCAGCCCUCCGGAGACGGAUGGGAUGAAAGUUUUAGCAUGUUGACCAGCGGAGGAAGAUGAGUAACAUUUAAAUACCUAAACAUAAUUUACACCUAAGUGAUCUAACCUAAGGCAUGAAACAACAAUAAAUGUUUGAAAAUGUA